AUGUUGUACAGAAUGUGGAGAGAUAUUACAGUAGCAGCGAUCCUCAUGUUACUGACAGUAAAAAUCCCCUGUAAAUUUAUACCUGGUCACUCCAGUGUCACACAGACAGAGUGGUAUCGAGUCCAGAGCUCUGAAGGAGAACCACGAGACCUGAGGAAAGAUCCACAAUACUCAGGACGAGUGUCUGUAAGCACCUGGUGGUCUUCCUGUGAGCUGACAGUGAGGAAUGUGAGAGUGAGUGACUCUGGAGUUUAUAACUUCAGAUUUAAAACACAGAGAAGUGACUGGAUAUCAGCCUCAUCUGGCAUUCAUCUGACUGUCACAGACUUGCAGGUGAAGGUGGAUCCUAACACUGUAGGACAGAGAGAAGUGAAAGUGACCUGUAGCUCCACCUGCAGCAUCAGCACAGACUAUUUCAACUGGUACAGGAAUGGCCUUUACAUCGCAUAUACCUAUGACUCCUCCACUGUCCUCGACUUGACCAGUCCUUAUGAUGAAGUCAGCUACUCCUGUAAGGUGCACGAGAGUGAACACCGCUCUCCUCCAGUGUGUGUACUGGGUAAAGAGUGUCGGGGUGUUUUUGAUGAGAAGAGCUGCUGGAGCGUGACUUACUCCACCCAGACUAUCUGCUCUCUGAUUGGAUCAUCAGUGGAAAUACACAGUUAUUUCACCUUCCCUAAUCGUUACAAGGUCACAAAAGUGUUCUGGUUCAUUAAAGAGCAGACUGUUGUUGAACCUGUGGAUGUGAGAGAGGAUAAGGAGUAUCAGGACCGAGUGCAGUACACACAGAUCUCCCAGAAUAACUGUAGUCUGAGAAUCACUAACCUGAGAGAGAGAGACGCUCAAACAUACAGAUUCAGAUUCUACACUGAUGAUCCUACAGGCAAAUACACCGGCCAACCUGGAGUCUCUCUGUCUGUCACAGAUCUGAAGGUUACAGUAUCAGACUGGGAUAACGGCUUCAAGAAGCUGAGCUGCACCACCUGCACUCUGUCUAACAACCCCACUUACAUCUGGUACAAGAACGGACAGCGUGUCACUAACCCGUACAGAAAUUAUCUGUACGUCAGUAGUGGGGAAUCAGGCAGCUACUCCUGUGCUGUAAGAGGACAUGAGGAGCUUCACUCUCCUGCUGUCUGUGUUUUAGAUGAGAAGAGCUGCUGGAGUGUGACGUACUCCACACAGACUAUCUGCUCUCUGAUUGGAUCAUCACUGGACAUACACAGUUAUUACACCUUCCCUAAUCGUUACAAGGUCACAAAAGUGUUCUGGUUCAUUAAAGUGCAGGCUGGUGUUGAACCUGUGGAUGUGAGAGAGGAUGAGGAGUAUCAGGGCCGAGUGCAGUACACACAGAUCUCCCAGAAUAACUGUAGACUGAGAAUCACUAACCUGAGAGAGAGAGACGCUCAAACAUACAGAUUCACAUUCUACACUGAUGGGGGUAAAUACACCGGUGAUCCUGGAGUCUCUCUGUCUGUCACAGAUCUGAAGGUUACAGUAUCAGACUGGAGUGAGCAGUACAUGAAUCUGAGCUGCAUCACCACCUGCACUCUGUCUAACAACCCCACUUAUAUCUGGUACAAGAACAGACAGCGUGUGUCUGAGUGUAAAUCUGCCUCCUGCUCUGUAGCUGCAGUCGGUGGUGCGGUCAGUUACAGCUGUGCUGUUGAAGGCCAUGACAGUCUCCUCUCUCCUCCAUUGUAUUCUCCUAAAAACACCAGCGCAGUGGUUCUUUCCUCUGGAGACACAGUGGAGGGGGAUUCAGUGACUCUGAGCUGUAGCAGUGAUGCAAACCCUCCUGUUCUCACCUACUCCUGGUUUAAACAGAGAGCAGCUGCAGACACACUGCUGACAACAGGCCAGAAUUACAGCAUCAGCAACAUCAGCUCCCAGCACAGCGGACUGUACUACUGCACUGCUCACAACCAGCUGGGACAGCACAACUCUACACCAACACACCUGGAUGUGAAGAGUAAUUCUACACCAACACACCUGGAUGUGAAGGGUGACUCUACACAGACACACCUGGAUGUGUUAAGUGACUCUACACAGACACACCUGGAUGUGUCAGGGUCAGAGGGGAACACAGUGUUAAAAGUCAUCAUGGUGGUACUGGCUGUCUUCCUGGCAUUAACACUAAUCUCAGGAGCUUUGUGGAUGUGGAAGAGGAAGUCAAGCUCAGCUAAUGGCCACAGCAGCACUGGUGAGAGUGGACAGCCACAGUUUUCUUCUGUGUAUGAAAAUGUCCCAGCCUCAAACCUUAGUGGGAGAGUCACCUCAGAUGAUCAAGAUUCCAUUCACUAUGCCAGUGUUGUUUUUAAAAACUCCCACACACAGGAAGGGUCUCCGUCACCCAGACUUCCUCCAGACACCACAGAGGACGAAGAUGUUCAGUAUGCUGCUGUGAACGUUAGCAGGAGCACUGCUGCCAUCCAGCUUGUGACAGAUGAAGCAGAUGAAGAUUCAUCUCAGAUCUACAGCAAGGUCCAGAAACUCCCCAAAAAAGAGAAAGCUGAGAUGUGA